AACCCUUUCAUUCAUGUCCAUUCAUUCAAUUGUCAGUUGUCACAAUACUGUCAAUUGAUGUAUUUUCAUUCAUCACAAUCAUCUGCAAUGCUGUAAAAGUGUGAAAUGAAUAACGUUGAAAACCAUUAUUUUCAUUUUAUUUCUGUUCUUAAAUAAAUCGAUGCCGGGUGAAUAAAUGAAGACGUCUCCUCGAAACGCUGCAGGGACCACCACAAUGAGGAAAUAUUAUCAACUUAUUCUCGUCAUAGUAUGCUUUAUGAGCAUCAUUACAUUGCUCAUAUAUCGGCAUGAGUACUACAGGCUGAGGUACGUACUCGAAGUGUUGAAUUUCUUCGGCAAACCGGGCCUCUCGGAGAUCGAAUUCUGCGGCCCAGGUUUUAAUGCGACUAUGUUAUCUGAGAUCCUUCGAAAUUCAUCGCUAGAGAUCCGCGAAACACCGCCUCUCUUUCAGCAGAUUGAUGAGAAUUUCUAUUCUUAUUCAUCCUUCUUGAGAUCUUAUCAGAAAUAUGAAAAGCUGACUCCAAUGCAUCCUCACAACAUUGACACUAUUGUGAUCGGCAAGGCGCACGUCCCACCUAAUUUCCGCUGCAACAUUUGGCUGGAGAACACAAGCAAACCUAAAGCAGGCAGGUUUAACUACAAAAUUGUAUCUGAACCUAUCAAUGAUUUCCGCUUAUACAUAUUCCAAUGUUCACUUAAUAAGGACUUGGGGAAGCCAAAGGGAAUCAGUUUCUACAGUAAUGAUUACAAUAUAAACCCAAUACAUGCACCAAUUAAUAGAGUUAUUGAGGUGAACACUAAAAGGAAGCCUAGAGAAAGGAGUAACAUUAAAUUUGUGAAUAAUAUUGAACCAGCCAUUUGUAUCAUCCCAAACCAAGUGCCGUUGGUAUCAAGAGAUUCCUUCAUAGAAUUUUUAGUCUUCCACCAUAUGAUGGGAGUGAACUACUUCACAAUAUAUGACAGUAUGAUAUCCGAAGAUAUAAUUAGAAGACUGAACCUACUGCCAGCAGAUAUUACUCAGUGGAACAUACAAUUCUUCCCUCUAAACUAUCCAUUUGUAUUUGCUAAGUCUUAUAACAUUGUAAGGAAUGCUAUAGAGCUUGAUUGUCUGUUCCGACAUUUUAGAAUUGAUAAAGAAGAAACUGAGAAAGUAAGUCAUGCUAUGGUGAUGUCCUGGGAUGAGUUCUUAGCUCCUAGAGUGCACAAUAAUGUUAAGGAAAUAUUCAACGACUUUGACCCGACAAGGAAAUUUAAAACUCUGGAAGUGACAUCUCUUCUAUUCUGUUUGAACCAACCUGAUGAUGAUAGGACAGAAGAAGGGUUCCCAGAGAUAAUGAAGAAGACUCAUUACUACAUCAUGUCGGAGCAACUGAAGCCUGUUUAUGUGAGGAACUUGGAUGCCAUGCCAACAUUUGAGGAUAUGUUUAGUUUUAACUCGAGUAGUAAAGUGUUGCCGGUAGAAAUACUAGCAGCGCAUAAGUAUACGGAGUGUAGGGAUCCUAAGGUGUACAAUCCAAGUGGUGGGGGGUACAAUGAGACCCAGAUGCAAGUGUUCCAGCACAAGUUUGAAGGGGCGAUGGUGAAGUUUGGACAGAGUUUAGUUAGCAACAAAGUCUACAGGUUGUACAGGUCGGGAAAGAUUUGGGAGAAGACUAGCAAUGAAUUCGUUAGGGAUAUGUUAUGAAUUACAAAUGAAUAGGUGAAUAACAUUUGUAUACUUGCACAGGAGGAAAUAAUUUGAUGUUGUUUAUUUGUCACCUGACUCAUUAUGAAAAAUAUGUUCCUUAUAAUUUUAACAGUAACAUUACCAUGACAUCAUUACGACUGGUUAAUAAUAUUACCAAACUUCAAAUUUGUAAAACUGCCUCAUUAUUGGAUUCCUGGGUAUUACUAGACUUUUUUCGGUUUUCGAAAAUUCCUCAGUAGUAGCACGGAGUCUGGAAUUGUGCCCAAUAUAUGGCAAUAGGCUCACCAGCUAUUACAUGGGACUUAUAACACAAAUGGUGAUAAGUGGGUGUACAUUGUAUAGAGGCAUUACAUGUCGUAAUGUGCACCUCUGCCUACCCCUUCGGAGAUAAAAGGCGUGACGUUGUUUGUUGUGUCAUAUUUGUAAUGUUUCUCAAUGUUCUCUAAAUAUUUUUUUUUACGGAACAUGUUGGGUUAGUCAUACAAUUCGAAGAUUACAGAGUGAAUACUAAACAACAUCUUAUUAUUUUGAUCGUAAUUAAUCAAGAUUAAUAUUAUCUUGAAAGCCAAGCAAAAUAUUUCCAUUUUAAGUAGAUCAAAAUGCUUAGAGCCGCACAUAGGUUGAAUAGUAGCUAGCAAGGCUCAAGUCGAAUAUAGUAAAAGAAAAAAAAACAAUCAGUAUUAUAGCACCGGCCAUAAUAUUUUGAAACUGUUCUUUUUUUUCAAAUUUUUUCUUUGAUGUUGUACCAUGAGCGAGUGUGUUGUAGCUACUCAUGAUAAUAUGGAUUUUAUCACCAUGUAUUAAGGUUUACAUUCGUAUAAAAUCAACCUGUAACGUCUUAUUAGACUACCGAUCUGUCUCAGCAAUUAAAUUCAUUGUUAUUUACUCAUUCAAUGAAUCACUAUAGUCUGGAUUGUCGCAACAUACUCGCUCAUGAACGUAGCAGUUUAAGUAGGUAUUCGAUGACCCGUUUUCUUUAUAAAAUUGUUAUGACUUUUUAUGAUAAGAUAAUUUUUAUACCUAUAGAAUACUAAUAUCUGAUAACAAAACAGUUAACUUGCAUUUCGUUUAUAACUAGUGUGGAUUUUUUCGAAUUACUAAGUAAUUGCAUUUAGUUUUUAUUUUAUUACAUUUUCUGACAAACUAAAUUAGACUUUUUGUACCAACUUUAAAGUACAUUUUUGUGUUGUUUUCUCUCUAUAAUGAUUAUAAUACCUAAUAUUAUCUAGUAAAUAGUAUCGUUAUAUAGAAUAUCGUUAAGAUGUGCCUUGAAUAUAGUGGUGGCUAGUUAGAUAGAACAUACCUACUCAAUUUUCGUCUCUAAAAAUAGCACAAUAAGACUGCUUUUUGAUCGCCAAAUACUGUACUUCCAUCAAUAAGUGGUUGAUUGGUUUGAUUACGAUUGAAGGCAAGAUUUAGUAUUGUAUUAUAAGAUUUCUUUUUCUUAUGUCUGUUUUUGGAAAUCUGCAGUCAUUUACUGGGCUAUUUUUUGUUUAUGUAAUGUAACUAGUGAAGAACGAUGUUAUAUUUAAUAUUUUUUUUUAAGUUUUAUAUUAUUUGAUGUGCAAUAAUGUUUUAGCUUUCACUCGAACAAUUUUAUGCAAAUAUAGACCUUAUUUUAUAUAUAACUAAAAUUGAUAAUUCCUUGUAAAGGAAGAACUAAAUUCAAACAUUUUUUUUUAGUCACAGAGUGUUCAUAAUUUUGCUUUUUGUACGUUUUCUGAUCAAAAAGCAACAAUUUAUAGUAUCAAUAGUAUUUAAGAAUGGGAAUGAAUGGAGGUUCUUUGACUAAUGUUAGUUAUUAUGACUCUUAAAGCCAGUCUCAAUAAACCUUCUGUAGAUUUAACUGCUUUUUUGCGGGUGGAAAAUCAUAAAUGACUUCUCCCGCCUUGGGUGAGGCGUGAGGGAGAGUGUCAUUUUGAAAUGUAUCAAAAUUCUCUAGUAGUUAAAUCUACGGAGGUUAUUGAAACUGGCCAAUAAUAAUACACUUAAAUAUAAGUAUGUAAAGAGAUUUGUCGUUAUGGAGUCGAAAUACCCAGUUUUACAGUUUUCUACAAAGUUUCGGAAUUACUGCGGAACUAAAUGCUUCGUUACAUUGCAUGUUGCAUCUUGUGUCGCGUAACUUGUUACGGUCAUGUUGACAAAUAUUGAAUAUCGUCUAACGUCAACUUUUUUGGCACUGACGUCACUCUAUGGGCUGUUGGGCACGCGCGUCUUGCCGCACCCUUCUGUAACCUGGCGUCCUAGAUACUUGCUCAGUUUGCCUUAGGAAAAAUACGGCUCUGAUCCAGCGGUUUCCUGCGAAAGGAACAAAGUAAUUUGUCUAUCUUGUUAGUGACGUCUUGUGCUAAAAUACCAUAAGUAAAUAAAUGUAAUUAUUUGGAUAUUUAUGUUUUGAGUAAAAAAGGCACAUUGUCAAAACUUAUACCAACAUAUUUUAUCAACAUAAUCGAUCCAUGUAUUACAUACUGAAAGCACAUGAAACCUUACCUCUUUCUAUGUCCAAUUAGACAUGCAAUGUUGCGAGACCGAUUUGGUCCCGAGUAAUUUUUGAACAUAUUUUCACGUAGUUUGUAUAAUGUAACAUUAACAUGCACUACCUUUGUACUCGACCUAAUUAUAAGCCUAGUUUUUAUAUAAAAAAAACUAUAAAAUUUUAUAUCACUACUACUUUGUUAAAGGAAAAGCAACUUUAUUGUUUACGAUUUAAGGUUUAUAAUCAAACGUGAGUGGAUUUCAUUGGUUUCUUUGGAGAGAUUCUUGUGUAAGACUGAAUAUUGAAGUGACAUAUGCAAUAAAUGUUAUAAUUGUAGGAAAUUGAUGAAAUCUCUCAAUGUGAUGUUGUUUCGACGAGUUUUCUGGUGAAAUACUGAACAAGGCAUACAAGAAUUCCGAAAAAAUAUGAAUAUAAUAUUUCUAUUAGUGUCUCAUCUAGGUACAUUCAUGUUCAUUUCACAGUAAAUUCAACUCUGUCUUCAGUAUAUUACGGUUUAUAUUACUAUGCAAAAAAAUGACACGCAAAUUGGCGUGAUUUUAGUUUUAUACGUGUUUAUGUUAUAUCAACAUUGAUAUUUUUUCUUCCGUAGAUUAUAAAUUGACUUUUCGCCUACUUUUAAUAUGAGUGAGCCUUUACAGUAUUUCACCAGUCAAGUUGUCUAUUUGUGUGCAGUUUUUCGCAACGACUUUUAUAAAGCUUUUUGAUCCAAGCCACGUUUCAAAGACUGCUACACUUCCCAACACCGAGUGUUUAAUUGUAACAUUUAUAAUUAAUUACCUGUUAAACUGCCAUUGUUUAAUUUUAUGUUUAAAUUGAAAUAAAAACACAUGAAAUGAUA